AUUCUUGAUGGGUAUCUCACCAUUUGAUCUGAACCUUCUAUUGAGGCCACUAGCAAAAAUAAAAAGGUCAAAAGAAUAAGAGAACAGCCCAAUGCAUGCAUGACUUUUUCAUUUGACAAGAAUGGCACACAAAGGAGAGCACUUGCUCAUAACAGUACCUUUGUUCAGGAGUAUUGGGCUUUACUUAGAGACUCUCCAAUGGCUUCAAUCCUUUGGAAGGAGGGCUUAAACUGGUGUUGUGAGUGACCCUUAUGCCCUAACCACCAGACCAAGUGGUCAAGACCCUAUCUCAAGAUGGUUUAAAGUUCUGGACACUUAAAUUGCGGGGGCUCUUUGUAGUGACACCAGAAUAAAACAGGGGAAGUUUAGCUUCAGUUGUGUUUGCAAUGGCCCCUUUCUCCCCAAGGGUGGUUGUGCCCAUAGAUGUGAAGAAGAAACCAUGGGAACAAGAAAAGCCUUUGCACAACCGGUGGCACCCAGACAUACCUCCGGUGGCGGAGGUGAUGGAAGGAGAACUGUUUAGGGUGGAGAUGCUGGAUUGCAAUGGGGGGCGCAUCGGAGAUAACGCUUCAGCAGAAGACAUAAAAUUUGUGGAGCUUUCAGUUGUGCACUAUCUGAGUGGUCCAUUGAGAGUUUUAGACACAAGAGGGAUUCCUGCCAAACCAGGUGAUCUUCUGGCCAUCGAAAUCUGCAAUUUGGGUCCUCUCCCUGGAGAUGAAUGGGGAUAUACAGCAACAUUUGACAGAGAAAAUGGUGGAGGAUUCUUGACAGAUCAUUUUCCCUGUGCAACCAAAGCCAUUUGGUAUUUUGAAGGAAUUUACGCAUAUUCCCCCCAUAUACCAGGUGUGAGAUUUCCAGGUUUAACCCACCCUGGAAUCAUUGGAACAGCACCAUCACAUGAACUUCUUAAUAUAUGGAAUGAAAGAGAAAAAGACUUGGAAGUAAAUGGCCACGAGUCUUUCAAGCUGUGUGAUAUUCUGCACACAAGGCCACUAGCAAACUUGCCUACAGCUAAGGGCUGCCUUCUUGGGAAGAUAGAAGAGAGAACACCGGAUUGGGAGAAGAUCGCUACUGAGGCAGCCAGGACAAUACCAGGCAGGGAAAAUGGAGGAAACUGUGAUAUCAAGAAUCUCAGCAGAGGUUCAAAGGUAUAUCUUCCCGUGUUUGUCGAUGGAGGAAAUUUUAGCACAGGGGACAUGCAUUUUUCUCAGGGUGAUGGUGAAGUUUCAUUCUGUGGGGCCAUUGAAAUGAGCGGAUUUCUAGAGCUAAAGUGAUCUAGAUCAGAAUUGCCAAUUCGAAUCACUCUACUGAGGGACGAAGAUCUAGAUCAGAAUUGCCAACUAAAAUCACUCUACCAAGGGACGAAUUCAACUUCCAUUUCUGUUUUUUCUUUCUUUUCUUUUUUUUUUCCUUUUUUUAAUAGGUUAACUGUGGAAAUGGACGGUGGGAUGUCAGGUCGAGGUAUCCAUCCCCCAACCACCAAAUACCCCAACCCCAUUCCCAUUCCCAUCCCAAAUAUGUUUUUUCAGACACUGCUUCAAACAAAGACCAUAUAAACACGCAUGCACACGCACAAGCACAGAAAUUACAUGGUUACGUACCCAUUAAGUACAAGUUAUUACCGGGAUAACUAACCUUAGAUACACUUCACAACUAUCAACCAUUGCAAAUCAACUAACACAUAAAUUUUACAAUUAAGAACUGAAACUCGUAGUGUAUAAUACUAUGUAGAAUUUUGUAGGUAUUGUGCAAAGCAUCAUAACCAUCGAGAACCAAGAUGGGUGAGACAUAAAUAAAGGUGCUAUCAUGGCCAGCAGCUAGUUCCAGGUCCACCUGCAUGGCAGUCAUCAAUCACUAUCAUCUGCUAUCUUAGAAGGGACAAUUAAAACGCCAUGUACUAUAUCACUGAAAUGGUACUAUAGUAACAUAGCAUUGUCUCUUAAGAACAUUCACUCCGUGUCAAGUUCCAUACAACAAACUAUGCAAGCUAACUAUGUUGUAUGCAAGCUAACUAUGGCAUAGGCCAUGUCAUUAUAAGUUCUAUGCUUCUUUACCUUUUUCUUUAAUUAUAGGACAGGUUAGCUGAAAUGGAAACCUCAGACAAUUUGUUUUACGUUUACUUUUGUUGACAGAGAUUGUGCAAAAUGAGUAUAUUCUAAUCUAUCAAAUCCUGGGUUUUCAACACUAAACAAAUCUUUGUCAUAUAGAUGUGAAAUUAUAAGAGGAGGAAUGCAGAAAUACCUCACUCCAAUGGGUCCCACACCUCUCCAUGUGAACCCCAUCUUCGAGAUUGGCCCUGUUGAACCAAGGUUCUCAGAGUGGCUGGUGUUUGAAGGAAUCAGUGUGGAUGAAAGCGGCAAGCAGCAUUACCUUGAUGCAACAGUGGCUUAUAAGCGAGCUGUUCUGAAUGCCAUACACUAUAUCUCCA